AUGCCUAGCCCUUUAUUCCACCCUGACAUCAUGGACCACGACGUGGUGAUUAGCAGCCAACACAACGGGGUCGGUCUGCCCCGAGAAACGGACCAAGAGUCCCGGGACGAGGACCACCAGGAGGUGCUUCGCUUCGCCCUCGACCAGCUGUCACUCAUGGCCAUGGAAAAGGUGGACUGUGGAGGUGGCGGCGGCGGGCUGGUCGACACCUUGGACGGUACCCAAGCCUCCGGAUCGGAGGGUUACGUGGACCUCCAAAUGUCCCGGGACUCUCCGAGCUCCUGCUCUCCGUCCCCGGAGUACUACGGCUCGGGCGGCUACCACAUGGCCGGCGGCUCGCACCCGAUGCUCCACGGGGAACAAAGCGCCUCCGUCCUCUGCAACCGAAAGAGAAGCGUCAACAUGACCGAGUGUGUGCCCGUGCCGAGCUCCGAGCAUGUGGCGGAGAUCGUGGGAAGGCAAGGUUGUAAGAUCAAAGCGUUGCGCGCCAAGACCAACACUUACAUAAAGACCCCUGUCCGCGGCGAGGAGCCAGUGUUCAUCGUGACGGGACGCAGGGAGGACGUGGAAAUGGCCAAACGGGAGAUCGUCUCUGCAGCCGAGCAUUUCUCCAUGAUUCGAGCAUCCCGUUGCAAAGCGGGAGGGUCCGGAGGUGGAGGAGGCGGAGGAGGGGGAGGCUCACUUCCUGGACCACCGCACCUCCCUGGACAAACAACCAUUCAGGUGCGGGUACCCUACAGAGUGGUGGGUCUGGUUGUGGGUCCGAAAGGAGCCACCAUCAAGCGCAUCCAGCAGCAGACCCACACCUACAUCGUGACGCCCAGUCGAGAGAAGGACCCCGUGUUCGAGGUGACCGGCAUGCCCGAGAACGUGGACCGGGCCAGAGAAGAGAUCGAGACCCACAUCACGCUGAGAACCGGAACCUUCGUCGACCUGCAGGGAGACAACGACUUUCACACCAACGGGACCGACGUCAGCCUAGAGGGCCUGGGCGCCCUCAGCGCGGGCCUGGGGGCGUCCCUGUGGUCCCGGGCCAGCAACCAUCAUUCCGCACCCCCACCUCCUGCACCCUCCCCGCCACCCGCCGCCAUCCAGAUGUCUGUGAACCGUAAGAUGUCCUCCUCGGUGGCCUAUCACGCACACAACGGCGCGAUGAGUUCCGACGGUUAUGGCGGGGGCCGCAAGGGCAACGAGGGGGCCAGCCCAACCAGCCCCUUCAGCACAGGUUCCAGCAGCGCUGGGGCAGGAUUCACUUUUGGCGGCGACUCCACCCCGCUCCCUUCCUCAGAGGAACUGGGCUUUGAAUACAGCGCUUCCAACAUCUGGGCUCCCUUUGUCAACGGCGCCAACAAGUCAGGCGGCCCCUCGCACCCUCAGCCGCCGCUCCGCCGCAACAGCAGCGGCUUGAGCGGCGGCGCCAUCACGCCGCGUUUGUCCCCGACGCUGCCCCAGGACGUCGUCGCCAGCUCGCUGGAGCACCCGCUGGCCCGCCGCGCCCAGAGCGACCCUCUGAGCACACUCUCCUGGCUGCAGUCGGGCAGCGCGGCAGGCGGCAGCGGUGGCUCCUUCUCCGGGGGCUCCAGCUCCAGUUCGGGCGGCUCGUCCACGGGUUACUCCUCCUGCUCGGCAUCCUCGCUGCCCGGCGGUUCACCCACCGACUCGGAGGGCGGCGCGGGCCUCAGCUCUGGGAUGCUGAGUCGGCUGAAAGGCGGGCCGGGCCCCGGCGUGGCAGGCCUGGUGGGCGCAGGCCCCGGGGUCAACAGGGACUGCUUUGUGUGCUUCGAGAGCGAGGUGACGGCCGCCCUGGUGCCGUGCGGCCACAACCUUUUCUGCAUGGAGUGCGCCGGGCAGAUCUGCCAAUCGUCUGAGCCCGAGUGCCCCGUGUGCCACACGCCCACCACGCAGUGUAUACGCAUUUUCUCUUAAUGGUGGUGGCGGCGAGAGCUGCGUGGAGGCCCCGAUUCACACUAAUAUCCUUGAACACAAAGUGGACCAUAAUAUUAAUAAUCAUAACAAUGCAGCAUUACCAGAGACAAUGAUGCUGAUGAAUAAUAAUAAUAAUAAUGACACUAUGGAUUUAUUUGGAGACGGUCUCAGUGGUGAAACUAGUGUCUUAUCUCUCUUCAGGCCUUCAUUUUGAGCUCCCCUCAUCUCUCCUUCCUUCUCUCAGUCUUUCCUUUUGACUGCUUUUGUACUUGGCCGAUAUUUUUUUCCAUGAAGCUGACAGAUGAGGCCUCAACUUUUUACUUGCGUCCGCUCAUGCCUCCAAUUUCUCGCGCUCCUUCUUUGCCGUUGCGCCCUUGUUUGCGACAGAAAUCCGGAGGUGUCAAACUCAUCUUUGUCUGGAUCGUUGUAGUUCGGUUGGAAAUGAUUGCAGUGCUUUCUGGAGCUGUGUAAUUGUCUUAGACAACAAAUGACUGGGUAACACAUUUUGGCGAGUCCGUUUCUUUUAAAAAUGUAGUUGGAAACAAAAACCACUUGUAAUACUAAAAAUGAAGACUAGUGGUUCUGGUUUGAGCGCGGAAACCACAAAAGCCGCAUAAAAUGCGGCGGGUCGAUUCAGGCCUGCAGGCCUUGAGUUUGAGACCUAUGACACUAAUCCGAUUGUUUGGUUGCGACCGGGCGUCCCCCCAACCCCCAAUCCUCCGUGUUGUGGCCUCAUAGACUGAAAGUAGCCAUCAAGCGAUGCCAAAUGUCUGUAGAAGUCAGCACAUUGUCUCUGCUGGAGGAGCCCGCUCAAACAUCACUUGACAAUCGUGCGUGUGUGUCCAUCUUUAGCCGCACAAAGCAUCCCUUCCCACCUUUUCAUUGUGUGGCUGUUUCUCUUUCAAAAAAAUUAUGUGUGACUGCUCCGGUUCACCUCCCCCCACGAAAGUCUCCAAGGCAGGAGCUGAUCCAUCCGCGCCCUCCCCCACGCACGCACACACACACACACACAUACUGCUCCCAGUCCACCCACAUCCUGUCUGUUACACUUGCAUGGGCUCCUAAAGUGCUUUCUGACUGUGGAGGCGUGCGCAUUACUGAGAGGGUUUGUGUGUUUGUGUCUCGCUGUUCCAGCAUGUUUGUUAGUGUGAGAGAGAACAAUCGUGUCAGUCAGAGAAGUCCGCUUGUUUGUGUGUUCCUCUCGCGUUAGUCUGAACGAGAGUGUGAGUUGUGUGCAAGGAGUGUCACAGUAUGUGAUGUGGGAGAAAAAUGUGGUUUUGUUUUCUAAUGACCUUGCAUUGUUUGUUUGUUGUGCGAGACUGUUACAAUGAGAGAUAAUUGACGAGAGAGUAUGUCCAUCAUUUGAAGAAUGUCAAUGUGUAUGUGUGUUUUUUUUCUGUGAAAGUGUUUCUGAUCCUUGUCGUGUGAGGAGUAUUUGUGUGAGUGUUUGGGUGUGGAUUAUUCUUUAUUUUAUUUUUUUCAGGUUUUUUUUACUAUGAGAGGGAGUGUGUUGUAAUAGUUGCUCCAACAAGGAGGGUCUUGUUUAAGGGUAGUUCCUUUUCCAUGCAAAAAAAAAAACAAACAUCAGGAAAGGUCAAUUGAAGUAUUUUCCAUGCACUGUCACUGCCCCCCACCCAAGUUGAAACCCCGCCUCCUCCCAUCCUGCCAUCUGAAUACCAACAAACAAAACACAAACAGCAGUUUUCAUGAGGGUCUUCCACCCCAUUCCGCAUACUUUAGCGGUGCACUACACAGACGCCUUUUUGGGGUAGGGAGGGGGGGGUUUCUCUUUUAUAGCGUUGCUAGCGUUUGUAUGCGCAUUGUGCUGGAAAACGUGAAGAAGCCAUGACAAAACUCAAUUGCGGUGACAUUAAAGGGCUUCCUCCUAGUUUGACUUUUGGGGCUGACCCACAGUAGGAAGACGGUUAUGUAUCCUUUCUGGCAGCUAGUGGCCAUCACCCACCCAGGGCUUCCACACACACACAGACCGACAGACACACACACUUUGUGUUCCAAUCCCAGCAAGCUGCAGAAUGUCGUCGUCACGCGGGAUUCGAUUAAAGCAAAAUGUCCGAGUGACGCCGAGGCUGUUACAUGGGCGCAUCUUAGAGCCCUGCUUAAAGACAGGAUAUUUCAACUUGUGUUGUUAGAGCCCAUGUGGCCAGUCAGAAUGUUAGACUUAAUGUACAGUACUUUCAUUGUUAAAAACAAAAAAAAAAACAGGUACCAUUUUUCCAGAUUGACUGCUGAUUUUUAUUUUUUUAAGACCAGUGUGCUCCCCUUCCCCCAUUUUCUUGCUUCAAGGUUUGAAAACAGGGUUUCCUGAGGCACGCUAGCCUGACCUCUGACCUUUCUUUUUUCUGAUUAGCGGGGGGAUUCAAAGACAAGCCUCUCCAACCUAGGGGGGCAGGGCGCGUAGCCGGUCGGGGGGGAGACUCCGCUCAAGCUGCCCCCCCCCCCCCCCCGCUUGCCUAUUUUUUGCUUUAAUUCUCUUUUGUACGCUCAACCAAAAUGUAAACCAUGUCAGCAGAAGUACCUGUGUGUGUAAAUAUCGGAACAAUCAUCGGCAUCUUGUUUUUGCAAGCAAAAUGGCUUCUUUGAAUACGAGGACUUGUAUCAUUAUUUGUAAGUUAACCAUCUGCAUGUCAUUAGCUCAUUUUUAAGAUAUAAAACAAGAAACUUUUUACACAUUUUAUUUUUACAAUUGAUUUGCUUACCUAAAUAUCCCAGACAAUAAUGUGACCGUUUAUUACUUAAGAUUUAUUUUUAUUUUCUUUUUUUUUUUAAAUUUUCAUUAUUUUCUGUGUACUACAUAUAAGCAAUUUAUAACAAAAUGAGAAAAUUAUUGAAGAAAAUUUUAAAAUUGAAAUAUAUUUUAUUUGAAAGUUUAUGGACCUUUUAACCAAGAGCCAGGAAAAAUUGUAUCAUGGUAUAAUUUGAGCUGGUUUGACGGUUAUGAGAAAUGUAUCAAGAGUUUUAUUUUUUAUGCUUCUUUAAUAAAGUCUUGGUUUUUGGUUUCAUUUUUUACUGUAAAAUGAUAAUUUGCGUCUUGUCUUUAUUUGUGCUGUUUGGUUGACAUGUGGGACACGUCUUCUGCAGGCAUACAAAUAAAACUUUUUGUACCUUG